GGGUGGCAGGACAACUCCAUGGGAGCCCCCCUUCCUCAUAAGGGGAGCUGGGGCCCAGAGUGACCCCUACCCAUUGCCAGAAGUGCAGAGAGGGGGGGUCUCUGCCCUCCCCAGGCCCCUCAAUGGGCUAGUGCUGGGUGGAGCAGCCCCUGGAGGCCUGAGUGGGCAGCCAGAGGAGGCAGGGAGCCCAGCAAGGAGCCGCCCCUGUAGGAAGGGAGGGAGGGAGCGGCCUGCCGGAGAGCUGGAGCGCAGCGGACAGCCGGGACUGAGAAGCAGGCGAUGGGGACCUGGUGUUCCAGGCACCACCAGCCCCACCCCCGGCACCUGACAUGAUCCCCUACGGGCCCCUCAACCUGAGCCUGGUGGGCGAGGCGACCACGUGUAUUGCACCUGUGGCCCCCAACGCAUCCACUGGGCCACCGCCGGGCAUCGGGGGCACAUCACCAGCGCUGCCCAUCUUCUCCAUGACGCUGGGCGCGGUGUCCAAUUUGCUGGCACUGGCGCUGCUUGCGCAGGCCUUGGGUCGCAUGCGGCGCCGCCGCUCGGCGGCCACCUUCCUGCUGUUCGUCGCCAGCCUGCUGGCCACCGACCUGGCUGGCCAUGUGAUCCCGGGGGCACUGGUGCUGCGCCUGUACGCCGCAGGGCGCCCGCCGGCUGGAGGCGCCUGCCACUUUCUGGGUGGCUGCAUGGUCUUCUUUGGCCUGUGCCCACUGCUGCUGGGCUGUGGCAUGGCGGUGGAGCGCUGUGUGGGAGUGACGCGGCCCCUGCUGCACGCCGCGCACGUCUCAGUGGCCCGCGCUCGCCUUGUGCUGGCCGCGCUGGCCGCCGUGGCCUUGGCCGUGGCUCUGCUGCCCCUGGUGCGCGUGGGCCGCUACGAGCUGCAGUACCCCGGCACGUGGUGCUUCAUCGGCCUGGGCCCGGCGGGCGGCUGGGGCCAGGCACUGCUCGCCGGCCUUUUCGCCGGCCUCGGCCUGGCCGCGCUGCUCGCCGCGCUCGUGUGCAACACGCUCAGCGGCCUGGCCCUGCUGCGCGCCCGCUGGCUACGCCGCUCGCGACCGCCAUCCCGGACCUCAGGCCCCGACAGCCGCAGGCGAUGGGGUGGGCGCGGACUCCGCUCGGCCUCCGCCUCCUCCGCCUCCUCCGUCGCUUCGGCCUCCGCUGCCCCCAGCGGCAUCCUGGGCCGUGGCUCAACGCGUAGAGCCCGCGCCCACGACGUGGAGAUGGUGGGCCAGCUCGUGGGCAUCAUGGUGGUGUCGUGCAUCUGCUGGAGCCCGCUGCUGGUGUUGGUGGUAUUGGCCGUUGGGGGCUGGGGCUCCAGCUCCCUGCAGAGGCCGCUGUUUAUGGCCGUGCGCCUCGCCUCGUGGAACCAGAUCCUGGACCCCUGGGUGUAUAUCCUGCUGCGCCAAGCCGUGCUGCGCCAACUGCUUCGCCUCCUGCCCCGGAGGCCCGGCGCCAAGGGCAGCCCCGCGCUGGGUCUAACCAGAAGCACCUGGGAGGCCAGCUCGCUGCGCAGCUCCCGGCACAGUGGCCUCAGCCACUUCUAGGCACACCCGGAGGCCCAGCAACUAAGCCAGACCACUCCAUGCCGGGCAAGGUCCGCAGCGCGGAGCCUUCGAGGAAUAAAGCCAUUUUGCGGACCAGCCCAGGGCGGUGUGUCCCGUUGGUGCUACAGCACGCGUGUGGCCGCUGGGGGGUGGCAGAGGCCAGGGCGCUCCUCCGGCGGUGCAGUUCCGGAACUGGCCACGCGGGGGCCCAGGCCGCCUGACGCGGAGCCGGAGCCGCAGGAGCAUGCGCAGAGUGCUGCCACCGUAGCCCCGGGCUCCAGGCUCGAGUGGGAACAGUGAGGGUGGUGGAGCGCUUCUGGCCCUGCCGCUGCCAGGACGGACUCCCGCAGCCAUUCGCCCACGGGGGCUCUGAGCUCCCCCAACACAACCCCAAGGCUGUACCCCCAAGCCACGCCCCAUCACAGCCCUGAACCCCUCCCUCCAAGGCCUGUCCAUGCUCCCUACCAUAGUGACAGCCCCAAGUUCCCAUCCUCCCGACUCCCUUCCAAUUACCCCCCAGCAUAACCCAAGGCAUCUUCCCACCCCACUCUCCCCACCUCUCAUUACGCCCCUCCAUCCCCAUUACUGUGAACAAAAAGAGCCAGGGAUGCAUGG